GCCUACGCGCGGCGGGGCCGAGCGCAGAUGGCGGACGCUGAGGGCCGAGGCGGCUCCGCGGGCCGAGAUGGCGCGGCUGGUGGCGGCGCUGCGGGGUCGGCUGUGGCAGCUGCAGACGGAGCUGUGCGAGCAGGAGGUCUCGGAGGCGUCGUCCCGGGCCUACUGCCGCGGCUUCUGCCAGACACUUCUUCACUACGCUGGCAGUCGGGGUGCUUCGGAACAUAUUUUACCUUUUUUGGAAGUCUAUCGGAUCUCCAUCCAAAGCUUUGCGAAUGCACGGCCUUACUUGACCACGGAAUGUGAGGAUGUUCUCUUGGUGCUGGGCAGGCUGGUGCUGAGUUGUUUUGAGCUACUCCUUUCAAUUCCUGAAAGUGAAUUGCCACAUGAGGUGUGGCUAGAAUUCCAUCAGUCCAUACAGGAUUCACAUGAUGCUUUACUGGAAUUUGGGAAUAACAACCUCCAAGUACUGGUGGAUAUCACAAGGGAAGGAGUAUGGAAAAAUCCAGUUCUUAUGAAAAUUCUAUCCCAGCAACCUGUAGAAACAGAGGAAGCAAAUAAAUUGAUUACACGAGAAGGGCCUUCCUUUCUGCAGAUGCGAAUAAAACAUUUGAUGAAGUCCAACUGCAUCCCUCAAGCCACUUUCUUGUCAAAACUGUGUGCAGAUUGUCCAGAUAUUGCAAAUGUUGCAUCUUUUCGCCAAGCCUACAUCACGUGUGUGUGUUCUAUGCUGCCUAACGAGGACUCCAUUAAGGAGAUUGCAAAGGUGGAUUGCAAAGAAGUACUGGACAUCAUAUGUAAUCUGGAAUCUGAGGGGCAAGAAAACACUGCGUUUAUUCUUUGUACAACAUACCUUACUCAUCAACUUCAAACAGCAAACGUGUAUUGCUCUUGGGAGCUGACGCUUUUCUGGAGCAAAUUGCAGAGAAGAAUAGAUCCUUCUUUAGAUUCCUUCUUGGAGAGAUGUCGUCAAUUUGGCAUCAUUGCCAAGACACUACAGCAUUUAUUUUUCUUGAUAAGAGUCAUACAGUCUGAAGCAGAAGAAGCAGGACUUGCUGUAUCUGUUCUUUUGUGUGUGAGAGCCCUUCAGAUCAGAUCGAAUGGAAGUGAUGAAAUGAAGACAUCGGUGUGUAAAACAAUAGCAUGCCUUUUACCAGAAGACCUUGAAGUUCGAAGAGCUUGUCAGCUCACUGAAUUCUUGCUGGAGCCAACUUUGAGUGGAUUUAAUAUGUUGGAGGAGCUCUAUAUGCAACCAGAUCAAAAAUUUGAUGAAGAAAAUGCGCUGGUUCCAAACUCGCUCCGUUGUGAGCUGCUGUUAGCUUUAAAAGCAUAUUGGCCAUUUGAUCCUGAAUUUUGGGACUGGAAGACUUUAAAGCGACAUUGCCUUAAACUUUUAGGGAAAGCAGGUUCUGAUUCUGAGGACGAUGCAAGCUGUAAUAUGUCAAUCAAUGAAACCGACAUGUUAGAAACUUUCUUCAGUGACUGUGAUGAGGCGAAAGACCACAAAUACUAUGAUGGAAAAGACCCAAUAAACUACCACAAAGAAAAAGCAAGAGUGAAAAAACCAAUUGGUUCUUCAGAACGAUACCAGAGAUGGCUUCAGUACAAAUUUUUUUGUGUGCUUUGCAAAAGGGAGUGUAUAGAGGCUAGAAUACUGCAUCAUUCUAAGAUGCACAUGGAAGAUGGCAUUUACACGUGUCCAGUGUGUACAAAAAAGUUCAAGAGAAAGGAAUUUUUCGUACCACAUGUAAUGGAACACGUUAAGAUGCCACCUAGUAGAACACACAGACCUAAAAAGAAAAUAAUACUAAAAAAAGAGAGAUCACCACAAAAGACAACAGCUUCCAGCAGCCCCACUCCGACCCUUCAGGAGAAGUCACAUCAGCCAGAGCUCUCCGAAGCCUUCGGGAACGAUGCACAUGAAUACGUCACAUUCAGCCAACUGGAGAAUUGCCAGCUACAGGACAGAGACAUCUACCCGUGUCCUGGAACAGAUUGCUCUAGAGUAUUUAAACAGUUCAAAUAUUUAAGCGUGCAUCUGAAAGCUGAACAUCAAAACAACGACGAGAAUGCAAAACACUACUUGGAUAUGAAAAACAGGAGAGAGAAGUGCGCUUUCUGUCGCCGACACUUCAUGACAUCCUUUCAUCUGCGGGAACACGAGCGUGUGCACUGUGGGCCUCAGCCAUAUAUGUGUGUGUCGAUGGACUGCUAUGCCAGGUUUGGGUCAGUCAAUGAGCUUCUUAAUCACAAACAAACGCACGAUGAUCUUCGUUAUAAGUGCGAGCUAAAUGGCUGUAACAUUGUUUUCAGUGACUUGGGGCAACUUUACCACCAUGAGGCACAGCACUUCAGAGAUGCUUCGUAUACCUGCAACUUCUUUGGUUGCAAAAAGUUUUAUUAUUCAAAAACUGAAUUUCAGAAUCACCUUGCAGUGCACAAUAUUGCGGUGUCCAAUGGAGAAGUGAAGCAAACGGUGAAACUGGAAGAGUCUCAAUUGCUCGAACAAUCUGAAAAUUCCCAUCAGAAUGAAACCUUGGAUCCCACAGGAUCAGAGGAAAUCCCCCAGAUUAAAGAAGAAGCUCUCUCUGAUAGUGAGGAUCUAGACAGUGAAAGUAAUUGCAGUCUUCACUGUGGAAACCACAGUGGGACUGCUGCAGUGAACGAAGGCAAGGUCCCUCCUUUACUGAUUGAAACACUGGCUCACGGUCAGACAGUUCCGAGCUUUCUCAUGUCCCGAGAAGGAGUCUUCCAUUCAGCCGAUGUGAAACAGCAGUGUUCCAAUGCAGCAGUUUGCUUUGAUGAAAAGAAAUUUUCCUGCGGCUUUGAAGGCUGCUGUUCCGCACACAAGAACUCCAGAAGUGUGCACAAACACCUCCGCAGGGCUCAUCCGUAUAACUUCAAAGGUAAAAAAGGUAUGGAGGUGAAAACUAAAGACUUUCUUGAUGUGUUGAGUGAUGCUCCAGAAAGCCAAUCCCCUACAGACAUCAGUACAGAGUUCGGUCAUAAGUCAGACAGAAAUACCGACUCUCCAGAAAGCUCAUACUGCAAUGUAAAUGCUAAAGGAAACAACAGCUUCAAGGAAGAAACAUAUCCUUCUUCUCCAGAAACAUCUUUUUAUGACAGUUCUAAAGAAUCAAGUAUUGAAGAUAACAUGUUGGAACUCAUGUUAGGCUUAAAACAUCUCAGUUUAAAAAACUCUAACAUUCAGAGUUCUUCAAGAAGUAAGCGUGUUUUGGGCUCCUUGCAGUCUUGUUCAUCUAGAGACACCAAGUGCCCCGAGUCAGGAGUCGAUGCAACUACCUCAAAGUUUAAGUUCCAAGAGCAGCAAGAUAACUUGCCCAGCCAGUACCUUACUCAGCUGGCAGCUAAACCAUUCUUCUGCGAAUGUCAGGGAUGCACAUGUGAAUUUGUGACGAGAGAAGCUCUCUUAAUGCAUUAUGUUAAAAAGCAUAACUAUUCCAAGGAAAUGGUUCUUCAACUGAAUAUGUUCCAGCAUCGGUACUCGCCUUUUAAGUGUCAUAUUUGCCAAAGAUCAUUUACGAGAAAAACACACCUUAGGAUUCACUACAGAAACAAGCAUCAGAUUGGCUGCGAGCAGGUGGCUCAUAAGGUGUGUUCUAAUGAAAAAUUUGAUCACGUCGGCUUAUGUACAGACGACGUGCAUAAAAAUAGUGCUGUUCCAACACCUGUCUGUCCAACCAAGGUUGAGUUCAUUGACCGUUCUGAACAGCGGUGUCAUCCUAAAAAGGAGGAAUGUAGUUCUGAGACGGAUUUGGAGUCCAGUGAGGAGACGGAUGGUAACAUAACAAGAAAAUCAUCCAAAAUAGCAACUCUGGACAGCCAUAGGGAAGAACUGGAAGCAAGAGAGGGGAGAGGAAGUAAAAGAACAGUUGCUAAAGGAAACUUAUGUUAUAUAUUGCAUAAGUACCACAAACCAUUUCAUUGCAUACAUAAAAGUUGCAACUCUGCGUUUACCAACCAGAAAGGUUUGAUUCGCCAUUAUAGGACUGUUCACCAGUAUAAUAAGGAACAGCUUUGCUUAGAAAAAGACAAAGCAAGAACAAAAAGGGAACUUGUCAAAUGUAAAAAAAUAUUUGCAUGCAAACAUAAAGAGUGUGGUAAGCGUUUUUUCUGUUCUAAAGACCUCGCUAAGCAUUGUAGUGACUUCCACAAUGAACAUUUGGACGACCAAAAGCUGCUUGCUGGGACUGAAUCUGCAAGGUUUGCUUGCAAUCAAGCCCAGUGCCCUGCUGUGUUUUGUACCUUCAGUAAGCUGAAACAGCACCUCAUAGAAGAACAUGCCAGCGGAGAGAGAAUAAACAAGGAUUUUGAAAUCCAUUGCGACCUUAACGGCUGUAACCGGAUUUUCACGAACUACAGUCACUAUUCUCAGCACGUGUAUUUCCGACACAGUGAAUAUUACGACGAUCUCUUUGGGAAUCAGAAAGAGGAGCAAGAUAAUCAUGACAAAAAUAAAAGUGGACAAAGUUGUGUGAGAGGCGGUUUUGGCCUUAACAAGCAGAAUGGAAAGAGGGUCAAAGACAAACCGAAAAGAACUAACAGAAGUAAAGAAAAGCAUUUGCUUAGUUUCAAAACAAAAGAGGAAGCGUUGCAGAUGUGUCAGGAGAAUUCUAAUCAGACCCAGUACCCGUGCAUGGUUGUGGGAUGUCUGUCUGUUGUAAAGUUGGAAAGCAGUAUAUUGAGGCACUAUAAACGCACACAUCAGAUGACCAACAUGUACAUAGAGCAGAGGAUUCAGAAACUUGUUCUUUGCGUUAAAUGUGGCACAAUGACUGAAAAGCAGUCCUGCUCUGAACCAGCUUUAGACUUAGAUAAAAAAGACGUAGAGGUGAAAGAGGAGAAAUCAGCUGAUCCUGAACGUCCGCAGGAAGCGGAGAAGUCUCCUGUUUCAAACACUGACUGCCAGCAUCAGGAUGUGAGCAGUGAGGAGCAAAAGCGAUGUCCGCCGAGUAGUGAGAGCUUCGAUCCGAGUGCCUUUACGUAUUCGGGCACUUUAAACUGUAGCCACGGUCCCAAAAGCAGCUGUUCGGAAGAGCAUAACGUCAGGGAGUCAGUCAUAGGGAACAGUGAAGAACUUUCUGAAAAUAGUGAAAGAGAAAAUAGCUCUUAUUUCUCCAGUUUACAAUUAGAACUGCCAAGAGAGAAGGAUGCAGAAGGAUGCGAGCAUAGCGCAGUUAAUCAGAACGCAAAAAGAAAUGUGCUUUUUGCUACAAAAGACAAAUUUCAGAAGCCUCCAGUCUCCAGACCGUUUGAUUUAAAGACAUAUAAACCGAUGGGCUUUGAGUCUUCAUUUUUAAAAUUCAUUCAGGAAAGUGAGGGAAAAGAUGACGAUGAUGAUGAUUUUGAUGAGGUGGUGGAAUGGGAGUCCCCCGAGCAGCUGCCGGUAGAUAGAGCUUUGCAGCAAGAGGGAGAGGCUCAGAAGGACUCCCCUCUGAAUAGCUGUGCCAGUGACAAAAGUGUCGUCAUACCCCAAAGUGAUCCCGGGCAGCUCACAGAAAUGCAGCCCUUGUUGGCAGAGCCCUCAUCUGCCCCUUCUUUAGAAAACCUGAGGGCGAUCUUGGACAAGGCGCUGACGGGCUGCGGAGACCUUGCCUUAAAGCAGCUCCAUUACUUAAGGCCUGUAGUUGUUCUUGAAAGAUCCAAAUUUUCCACAGCCCUUAUAGAUUUAUUUCCGACGAAAAAGGCAGACGAGCUCUGCGUAGGAAGUAUGUGAGCAGUUCUGCUUGGAGCAGCUUGCCUGCACUGCUGCUAAUGGGGAGAAUUCACGUCAGAGCAGUAGCUGUCACAGUUCACACUGUUUAGGUUAGUUUAGACUGUUUAAUUACAUGAAUGUAUAAUAUCUGUCAAAAGCAUUGGCCAAGUUAAUUUAGCUCCCUCUUCCCCUCCCCUUUUUUUUUUUUUUCUCCAAUGGACUGCUGAUUUUGGUGCUAUUUAACACAUCCGAGUACUGGAGGCUUCCUCCUGCAGCGUACAUGUGCAUGACUGUGUAUGGAACAGUGCUGGGGUACCAGGGUUUGGGGCGAUGGAGUUGACUUGAAUGUGCACCUGAGGGUGCUUUGUGUAACAUAUUGUACACUACAGCAUCUUAUAUUUUUUGAGUUAUGAGUUUCAAUAAAUUACAAUUUUUCACCCA